AUGUUAUAUACACCUUUACUUUCUUGCUUGGUCGUCCCGGCCUUGCUCGCUUGCCAGGCGUGGGCGCAGCAGACCUUUACAAUAGCGGGAGGUCAGGUUUAUACUCCGGGGAUAGUGAUAUUGAAUGCGCCUCAACCAGGGACGCCGCUAGGUGGAGAGACCCUACAUGUGUCUCUGGACGUGACGGCUAACGGCAAGCUCAACCUGCCUCCAUACGUCCCCGAGAGCCCGACGCAGAUCCACAACAUCACCAUGUUCCUCUACAGCAGGGACACGGGCCUGAACCUGACGAUCAACAACGGCAGCGCCGAGAUACAAGGCAGCGAGCGCCUCAUCAUGUCGCAGCAGCCUGGGAGCACCGUCAAGCACAUCAACUGGCCCUGGCCCGAGUGCCUAGUCGGCGACGGCCAGCCGCGCGGUGCCGACGACCGCCGCGGCGCCUACAACAUCUCGAUCCGGCAAAACUUCCGCCUCAACGGCCAGGAGCACUACACCAUCUUCGAUGUGCCCAUUUCCGUCACAAAUCGCAUAGACGGCGGCGGGCGCCUCAGGCCGUCGUGCGAGAGCCUCAACAACCCGCUCCUGAGCGAGACCGAGGUCGACGUAAGAACUGCAAACGACGUCGGGAUCCUCUUCGCGCCAGGAGACGCCACGCAGGUUCAGUUUAUCGCCAGCAAGGACAAGGACCUACCCGACAAUGGACUCGGGCCUCCUCGAGGAUCUGGUGCUCGGGGGAUUGGGAGCGGUAACAUCAUUAGUUGGGCCGGAGGGGCUUUAUGGACUGCUGGAGUGGCGAUUGUUCUGAAUCUUCUUUUAUAA